GCGGAGGGCAUCGGGAGCAAUUCUUGGAGAGUUAAGGCAGCUACUUCUGCUGCCUCCUUAGCAGCGGCGGCAGUGGCUGCGGACUGCCUGCUUCCCCAGCCCGGCUCUAGCCUUCCGAGCCGGGAUCCCACCGUUGCGGGGAAAGGCGGAGAAGGGAGAGGAGGAGAAGGAGGAGGAAGAGGAGGAGGUGGAGGCGCGGUCGCCCAGCGGGGGCGGAGGCUGAGGCGGAGGCGCACUAUCCCUCUGCCUGCAGAAGAGACUGCCGAGAAGCUUUGAGCUGCACCGGGGGGGAAAGAGGGCUGGGAGCCGAGGGCGAAUCAAAACAAGGGCUAGGAGGCACCCAGUAGCGCCUCGGCGCUCAGAGGACCAUGUUAUUCAGGGCUGUUUCUCAGCAGCUUUUACCUUCUUGGCUUUUCCUCUGAAGGAUGUCCCGGAGCCGGGUCCGAGAAAACUAAGAAGAGGAGCAAAGAAAUCUGGAGAAGAGCCCCAAGACAAGCCCGCACUUGUCCCCAAGGGGGGGAAAAACUGCGGGAAUCCUUUUCCUUAUUUUUUCCCCCCAUGAACCAGACUCGAGCUAGUCCCGGAGGAGAAUAAUACAUAUAUUUUUAAAGGCAGAAGGGAAAUAUAAAAGAAAAUUCUUUGGUUGCUAAGGGUGAGUGAAGACUUUCAAAAUGGCUCAGGGAACCAGUGAUCAAAGUACAGUGGGUAUUGCCGACCCAGAAGAGAAUACCCCAAAUAUGAUUGUCUACAGAAAAAUUGAAGACAUCAUUACAAAGAUGCAGGAUGAUAAGACAGGCGGGGUACCCAUCAGAACAGUAAAGAGCUUUCUGUCCAAAAUCCCCAGCGUUGUCACAGGUACCGACAUUGUACAGUGGUUUAUGAAGAAUCUUGCCAUCGAGGAUCCAGUUGAAGCAAUACAUUUGGGAAGCCUUGUAGCUGCCCAGGGUUACAUCUUUCCCAUAUCAGACCAUGUCCUUACCCUGAAGGAUGAUGGCACCUUUUAUCGAUUCCAGGCUCCAUACUUCUGGCCCUCUAACUGCUGGGAACCUGAAAACACUGACUAUGCUAUUUAUCUGUGUAAGAGGACGAUGCAAAACAAAGCAAGAUUGGAAUUAGCAGAUUAUGAAGCUGAAAACCUAGCAAGACUCCAGAGGGCCUUUGCAAGGAAAUGGGAAUUCAUCUUUAUGCAAGCGGAAGCCCAAGUGAAGAUUGAUCGGAAAAAAGAUAAAACAGAAAGAAAAAUUUUGGAUAGUCAAGAACGAGCUUUCUGGGAUGUCCACAGGCCAGUGCCAGGUUGUGUGAAUACAACAGAAAUGGAUAUCAGAAAAUGUCGCCGGAUGAAGAAUCCCCAGAAAGUCAAAAAGUCUGUGUAUGGAGUGACAGAAGAAUCUCAGUCUCAAAGUCCUGUGCAUAUACCUGCCCAGCCAAUCAGAAAAACUACAAAAGAGGACAUCCGAAAACAGAUCACAUUUUUGACUGCACAGAUAGAUAGACAUCGUUUAAAAAUGUCCAAAGUAGCUGAAAGCUUAAUUGCUUACACGGAACAGUAUGUGGAAUACGAUCCUUUGAUAACUCCAGCCGAACCUUCCAAUCCGUGGAUCAGUGAUGACAUCACUUUAUGGGACAUAGAGAUGAGCAAAGAGCCCAGCCAACAUCGUGUAAAGAGAUGGGGUUUCUCCAUUGAUGAGGUACUAAAGGACCAAGUGGGGCGAGACCAGUUCCUUCGUUUCCUGGAGUCGGAAUUCAGUUCAGAAAACCUCAGGUUUUGGUUGGCUGUCCAAGAUCUCAAAAAACAACCUUUACAGGAUGUGGCAACUCGGGUGGAAGAAAUUUGGCAAGAAUUUCUGGCUCCUGGGGCGCAAAGUGCAAUCAACCUGGAUUCUCACAGCUAUGAGAAAACAAGUCAAAAUGUCAAAGAUCCAGGGCGCUACACAUACGAGGAUGCACAGGAGCACAUUUACAAGCUGAUGAAGAGCGACAGCUACACCAGGUUCCUUCGGUCUAAUGCUUACCAGGACUUACUACAGGCAAAGAAGAAGCCAGAAAAUGAGCAAGGUCGUAGAACUUCCUUAGAAAAGUUCACUCGCAGUGUGUGCUGCUGGCGCAGAAUAAGACUGGCUACCGCGUUUCACCCCAGAGGUGGCUACCUUCCAGCAGCGGGGAAAGUCACUGGUGGGCAAGCGUCUCACGGGCCUGAUGCAGUCCUGACAGUUCCACCAGCUGAGACGGGAGCCGCUGACCACACAGGCGGGCGGCGGCGCUCAACAUCUUCAGAGAGACUAACCUUAAGGGGCAAUUUGGUUACUGUGAAAGAAAAAGAGUGAGGGCGAGAGGGGAGGGGAGAAAAGGAGGACGUACCUAGGUCUGGAUGGGGAGGCAAAUGGAGAGGAGAAAAAGAAACCAUCAGCAGAGCUGCAGAGAUGCCGCUUUUUAUAGUUUACAUCAACAUUUUCUUACCUGUAUAGCUUUGUUAUGACACUCAGUUCUCUACGAGGUCCUUGUUUCUUCGAACCUGAUUUCGGGGGAGAACGCCUCACUGUGAACAGAGGGGUUUGCAGGGCCAAAAAUUUCCUGCUCUGAAUUAUUCCUUGCUAUCAUUAUCAUUAUUAUUGUUAUUGCUACUAUUAUUAUUACGGACUACCACCGUCCAAAAUAUCCUCCCUUGUGGGAAAGGAGAGAGAGGAGAGCCCGAGUGAGCAGAGUCAGUAUUAAACGUCAGUUUUCCCUUUCUCUGGCACAUCCUCAACUGUAAUAGGCACAGCCUGCUACUGUCAUCACCACCCCGGAGCCUCCAUCCAUCCCCUCUUUGGGGCUGCCUAGGCACCAUAAAAUAGCUACCAGAAGCCACUUCCACUUAAGAUAGAGGAUUUAUUUCUCCUGCUCUGUGAAGCCACUCUACGAGUUCCCAUCCCCCACCUCCCUCUCAGACGGACUUCUUGAAUAUGCUCUGAUUGCCUUUCUCCUCAUUUGUUGUCUCCUGGUCAGGGGAAAUCCAAGGCAUCCGAGAUUCUUUCUCCAGAAAAAGCACCAGUGCAUAAGGAGUAGCCAUAGAUUUAUUAGUUAAGGCCUGAAAUAAGAAUCUUGUCAUUUUAUUACUUAUUUCUUACACUUAUUCCAGAGUAUAUUCUCUUCUAUGUUAUUCAAAGGCUAAGGUCUGGAGGAAAUUCCAGAGACACUGGAGAUCUCCAGGUUUCACCAAGCCAAGAGAAAUAUGAAAAGGAGGAAAGAUUCCCAGUCUUGGGAAGUCAACUGGAUGGGUGGCUGGCCAACAGUUCCCCCACUCAGGUUGAAUUGAAUAUGGCUAAAUCUCUCAGUAAGGACUCAGUCAUACCCAGCAGCAGCACUAGAGGAAAAGCCUUGGAAAUACCCAUAUGACAUAUAAGGACUAGAGAAAAUAAUAUAAACAAAAUAAGGCUGAUUAUUUAGUGUGAAAACUAAAUGCCCAUGGACAAAUUGGAUCUAGAUUUCUUCCUGAUCCCCACCCCAUGGAUGUCUGUCAUCAACUAUCAUUUGCCAGAGUGACACUGCUUCCUAAUGACCCCCAAAUAAGACUGCUAAUAAACCUAUAGCUAAGUAGGAUUAUGUUUUUCCAAGUCAGAUGUUCAGUAACUGGUGUGCUAUGAUUACCUUUGAUUUCUUUUUAGCCACAUCCCCUUAGAUAUUAUAAACAGAAAGCAAUAGAAAUAAAACAAUUAUCAUUGGUGAUUUCUUGAUUCACACAUGCAAUCCUUUAAUGGUGACUAAAGGCUUCAUAACGGACUUCUCAACACUCCCUCCCUCCCUAACUUGUUGCUUGUUUUGUUUCCCACCCAAAUUGCUGAGUCAGUGGUCUGUAAUGGAUUCUAUUUUAUCCAUUCAGAUCUCUUUCAUGGUUGAGCUGCCAUGGACAUCAGCAGGCUUCUAGUUUCCAGUCUUUCUGUACCUCAGUUUCUCUUACCUACAAAAUGGAGAAAUAAGCAUCUUUGCUCCCUUUUGGAGGGCUUAGUGGGAAAUCAUGCAAUAACUACAGACAUUCUCAGAGCACCUCAGAAAUAAACUUGGGCAGGAAGGAGGUGACUUUUGACCAUGACACCAGAGACCUCAACCCAUGUGUGAUGGCAACAGCAGAUUGCCAGAAGAGACAAUGGCCCCAGGGGAUACCCUGCAAGAGAAUGAGUACAGCAAAACUACAGGGUUGAUGGGAUCUGGGAAACAGAUGCAAGAAUGGGUCCCCUUUCCCCCAGGAGUUUCUUUAUAGGGAUCAACUCCAAAUAAUUUAGACACUCACUGCAUGCUCUGUCACUGAGCCUCACUCAAUGUGGGAAAGGUCACAGGAUCCUUCUGGCAUCUUUCUGCACAUGAGUUGCUUGAGGUACAUAUGCUCAUUUGCCUUUGACAUCCUCUCUCCUAUCUUAUAGCUUUUCACAUCAUGUUCACUCUCAUAUACAACUAACCCAUUUCUGAGUUCAGCCAGAGAGCCAUCUAAGCAUGCCCCCCCCCCCCCCAGGUCUCAAAGCAUUGCACAUUGCCUUCACUGCCUUCUAUGGUCAUCAAGAGCAAAUAGAACUGACUAGUGACAAAGGGAAGCCUUGAGAAGGAAUGUAUUACGGGCAAGUCAGCGGAGGCCUCCAAAAUUGUUCCCUGAGUACAGACACUACAGUUUCCUCUCUCAAGUCCCAGAUGGCAUGCUUCCUAUAAAUUGGGUUUCCUGGCACUUUUCUGUGGUUUUGAAGUGGGCUUUCCAGGGCAUGAUGCCAUUGGAAUUAUCUACUCUUGAUUGAAAUCGAAGCUUGGAUGAAUGGAAUUCCCUAACCUGAGGACUUGGUCUCAGGCAUUAUUGCUAAAUUUAUCCAGGGUCCUGGAAGACCUCCUUGAUCCUCAGUCGAGGACAAUUGGCCUACAAUCUUUGCAAACUUGGCACAUUUGAGAAAACUCCUUAGACCUCCAAGUAGGAAAAAAAGUAGAGAAAAGAUCACCCAAGACUGUUAAAGUGAAUGGUCUUGAAUUCCUUUAAGAGACCUCUUGAUAGACGUCUCACACUUCCUAAGGCAGAAAAGAGUCUAAACCCUUUCCUUCUCCACUCUAUCACCAACUAAAGAUUGUUAAUCUAUAUAGCAGAUACGCAAGGUAGGGUGUGGGUUGUCACUGCCCAGUGUGAUACAAGGUCAACAUGUGUAUGCUGGCCCUCAUAUGAAGUUACAUCAUCCCUCCAUUAGCCUAAUCUCUAUGUAUUCCCAGAAGCCCUAAAGGCUAGAACCAGACUACAAUCAACACAGACAAAUUUCUUGUUGCCCUUCUCUGCCCUCUUCAUCCCUACCUUUUGUCACAGCAGUGAGAAUACUGGGUGAACCCAAACUUUGGACAAGUGAUUCUUCUUUAUGCUAGGGCACAGUGACAAGUUUGAUAAUGGUACCCUGUAGAAUGGAAUACUGAGGUUGUGUCAAAGAGACAACCUCUGCCCAGCUGCAAAGCAAAUUCUUAGGACGUCAGUGCACUAAGAAUAUCUAGGACAAAAGGAUGCCCAUACUAAUUUUCUCCAAUAGAGAGAAAGUAGAAAAAAGCAUGGGUUAUCAGCAUAAAAAAUAUUAACUUCUUCUGGAGUAAUUCCAUUACAGGUGACAGAAUAUCAAUACCAAUAUAAUUCAACAGUAUUUAUUAAUUACCUACCACUCACAGAGCACUGUACCAGACAAAGGAGGGAGCAUAAAUUUAUGUAAGACACUAUCUUUGCCUCAUCUUUUGAACCCUUACCUUCAGUCUUAGAAUCAAUACCAAGUAUCAAUUCCAAGGCAGAAGACUGGUGAGGGCUAGGCAACUGGGGUUAGGUGGCCUGCCACAGCUUCCAUAGCUAGGAAGGAGAUGAGGUCAGAUUUGAACCAAGGACUUCCUAUCUCUAGGUCUGACUCUCUAUCCACCAAGCUACCGUCCCUGCCCCAACCAUCCCUACCCUUAAGGACCUAACAGUCUAGUAGGGAGGAUAGAUAAGACACACACAGAAGUAAAUGUAAUACACAUGUCAUGAUCAACACAGAGAGGUACAAAAACCCAGCCUUGAGAAAUCUGAGGGGAAAGAUAAUCUCCAACAAAAGGAAUCAGAGAAGGUGCCUAGAAGAGACAAUAUCUGAAUUGGACUCUAAAAGGGAUUCGUAAGGCAUUAUAUAAUCUACUUCUCUGAAUUAACAAGGUGAGGCGGGGUCCCUGAGCAUCCAGAAAACUGUGUUCUGGUCCUGCUAGAUAAAUGUUGGUGAGAACCAGAAACAAAGUAGGACCAAGUGAUCUGAAGAGACUUCCCAUAACUACAAGCCAAUAGAAUCAUUAUCUUCCAUUGGCCAAGAAUUUGGUUGGAGUAUCCUGAGUUGUCUCCAUCAAAACCAGAAGAACCCUUCUAGCGAGACUCCAGGUUGCUGUUUGUACUCUGGGGCACCGAACAGAUGCCUGGCAAUGAACCUCUUCCUAGUCAGUAAACUUGGUGUGUUCAAACUACCUCACCUCCUAGCUGAUGAACUAGGAAACUGCUGCCUGCUUACUUUCUUUGCUAUUUCACCUUCUUUCCUUUUUAAUCCAUUAGGAAAGACUCCACAUGCAUGGAUUUCAAAAGAUAUUUCUGGGAUCUCUGCAGGGAGGCUAGAAAGGGACUAAAGACUUUAAAUUCUCUCGCUCUCCCUUCAACAAAGUUUCACAAAGCUUCCUGUUCCCACUGAGCCAUUACACUGAAUGACAAUUAAGACAGUGUUCAGGUUCUCUAGGCAAGUGUGAUAAUGUGCCCCUCAACACUGCAGUGACCUUACAGUCGAGCAUUAAUAAACACUAUGGUCUAGAGUAUGGACAAGUAGUAGACAAAUGAUGCAAUAUUUAAUCAACCCAGGAUUCUGCCAAAGAGCUGUCAAUGCCCACCACCUAGAAGUUAACACUCCAUGGUAUCAAGGCAUUGUUGGAUGGUACUGGGCGGCAGUUCCAGGGUCAUAAGGUAGUAAAGUAGACUCUGUAGCAAUAAAGUCCCACAGGCUAGUACAGUGGAACUAGAGUCAGUAAGCCUUGAAGAAAAGUCCAGUGGGGUUAAUCCCAGAAGGAGGGAGUAGACAAAUGGCCAUCUAAUCAAAUAGACAAGGGGAGGCACCACGGCUCGGCGGUGUAGGUCGGACUCAAGUAUUACAAACUAUACCUUUUUUUUUUGCUGUGUGGUAAAAGGACAUGUCUGAAUGGUCUCUACUGUACUGCAUGUGGUUCUCAGUAAUUUAUUAUUAUGGACUUUGGGGGCAUUUAGACUCCAGAACUAAACUUGCUAGUAUGGUCUGAAAAUAAACAACUCUAUAACCCCA